AUGGCAAGAAACGACAACAACAAGAACAAGCUACCACCAACACCCCAAUUGAACCCCACCGAAUCAUUCCCGAAUGCAGCUCACGAUGAAUUUUGUGAAUUUAGCGACCCCAUGUCUAUAGAUGAUGAUCAUGACGAUGAUAGUCCUCUUCAAAAGUCUACUGCUGGCGUUACUGUUCAUCCUGUGGUUAUUACUACGAUUAAUGUGGGUAGCACGUUGCGAGCUAUUGCUAGGAACGCAUAA